AUGAACGCAUCGCCUUUCUUGAACGAGUCUUCGCCAACGCGGCCCACGUCCUUCGUGCUUCCUGAUCUCGUCUCGCACUGCAAGUUCCCGCUUUCUUAUCAUCCCAACGGGGACGAGAUCGCGCAGGAGUCUGUUGAUUGGCUCGAUAGUAGCUGCCCAGACCUGACCGCGAAACAGCGGCGUGCGCUUCGUGUCCUGCAGUCGGGCGAACUCACAGCCUACUGCUAUAACCAGGCGACCUCCCCAGAACGCCUACGCGUCGUGUCCGACUUUCUGACAUACCUCUUUCAUUUGGACAACAUCAGCGAUGGAAUGAUGACGCGCGAGACGGAUGUGCUCGCAGACGUCGUCAUGAAUGCGUUUUGGUUCACCGAUAAGUAUAUGCCGACUCGGGGCCCCGGAAAGGAACAGCUGGACGAAGAGCUUAAUCCUGGCAAACUGGCACGAGAUUUCUGGUCGCGGGCUAUUGCAGACUGUGGAGUUGGAGUGCAAGCCCGGUUCAAAGAAACAAUGGGACUGUUCUUUGAAGCCGUCAACAUCCAGGCUAGAAUGCGAGAUGAAGACACCAUACCGGACUUGGAGUCGUAUAUCGAUGUCCGGAGAGACACGUCAGGGUGCAAACCAUCUUGGGUGCUAAUCGAAUAUGCACUCGGAAUUGAUCUUCCGGACCAUGUCGUUGACCAUCCGAUAAUGCAAGCGCUAAACCAAGGUACUAAUGACCUUGUAACCUGGUCUAAUGACAUAUUCUCUUAUAACGUCGAACAAUCACGAGGCGACACGCAUAAUAUGAUUGUUAUUCUUAUGGAAUAUCAUGGUCAUACCCUGCAGAGUGCUGUUGAUUAUGUUGGCGAGUUAUGCGCGCAAACCAUCGACACCUUUUGCGAAAACAAGGAACGUCUUCCGUCUUGGGGUCCCGAAAUCGACGAUAUGGUUGCUCGUUACGUUAAGGGUCUUCAGGACUGGAUUGUUGGUUCUUUGCAUUGGAGUUUUCAAACCCAACGGUAUUUCGGCAAAGACGGCUUAGACAUCAAGAAGCAUAGAUUUGUCAAGCUCUUACCUUUGGAAGCUGCAAAAUAA